UUGAUAGUAAGCCCCCUUUACAUAGCACUUCCUAACCUCGCAGCCCUUGCAGAUGCUCCAGGUACCCAUACACCGGGUGAUCAGAAUGCGGGAUCGCCCAAAACCUCACCUUCGUCCUCUGCACCGGUUGCGCCUCAAUUUUCCCCAUUUAUGCAAAUUGGGAAACCCAAGGUUCGGCCUCGUGGCUCUUAUAAACCAUUAAAUGAAAUAGUUGAGACUCGCAUAAGAACCUAUGAGGGCUCUGAUUCCCACACGAAAAUCUCCACUCUCCAAUCACAUUUUCCGCAAUUCAAACGGUGCCAUAUCGACCGAUGCUUUACAAAGAAUCUCCUAGACUUCAACAAGACUUAUACCGAGCUUUUUGAAAUGCAGAAAAAGCAACAGGAGGAACGGGCUAAGUUUAAGCUUAUCCUCACACCGAAAUGUAAGCCUCUAUUCGCAUACAGUCCCGAAAAACCGAAGCCUUCUCGUAUAAUUCCGAACAUCAAAUCUCCGGAGUUGAUCAACAUGCCUUCAUUCCGUGGUCGGCCAGCACGAAAGCUUGAAAAUAAGUACUAUCGUCGCGUUAUCGUAGGCAAGGAUGGUUCCGUGGAGGCCGCUGAAGUGACUGAACGCAAUUUCGUUCGUCAAGUUGAUCCACACAACUUGCUUGUUGCGCGGCAGAAACUAACAAUGCCAAAGAGCAUCUCGUACCCCGGAAUGCCUGGCGGCGAGUUUAACUUAAAUGAACCAAGUGAGGAGAUGUCAAAAGCGGCUGUUGCCAAAGCUGCGGAUAUUAACAAAGCAGUCAGCGAAGCUGUUGCGGCGAUUAAGGCUGCCCAUCCAGAAAUGUCAAAUGAGAAGGAAAAGGACGCGUCGCAAGAUUCAUCUCAAAAAGAAAAACAGCAGCAAGAUAAAGGAAAAAGGCAACCAGGAAAUAAAUUCUUUCGGAGCAAUCGACUCACUGACGCCGAGCUUAAGAAACGUGAUUACGUUGCAAAGGAGCUUCAGGCGACUGGGCGCGUCACUCGCUCCUCGGCAGUCAAGGCUGAGCCCUCCGGAGAACCCUCCGAGGAUGCUGCCAACUUCAUGGCUGGCGUUGGUGUUGUUAGUACACCCAGUAAGCCUUAUUUCCGGCUCUCGUUUUCUUUACCCAUCUUGUGUUUGACCAUGAAGAUUGAUUCUACACCAAAGAAAAACGUUGGCCGCCGUGGUGGCCGUAAUAAGUCGGCUGCGAAAUCCCAAGAAGAAGUUGUUGAAGACUCCGAACCGCAUGAAGAACCUGAUGAGCUCGAUGAUUUUGGCUUAAGGCGGGAGGAACGCAAUGCCCUUUUAGCCUUUUUCAAUGAGGCUCCUCUGGAAGAACUCAAUUUGAUGACCGGUUGCUCCCAAAAGACAGCUGAAGUUAUUAUCAACCUGCGUCCUUUUAAUACAAUAGUUGACCUCAAGCUCCGUCUCGAUGCCACGCGUUAUCUCUCGACCUCUCUCAUUGACGCCUGCAAGGAGCUCAUGCAGGCGCGCUCCAUGUUCAUGUCGAUGUUGCGAAGUUGUGAGGCGAUUAGUCAACGAGUAAAGUCGCGUAUAGCCAGUCUUCUUGCAGAUGACUCUGUCGAUCUGCCUAAAGAAGGGGGUGACUUUUCCAGAAACAAAAAGACCGGUUUUCUUCGAGAGCAACCUGUCAUCUUGCAUCCUCUACGUCAGCUUAAGCCCUAUCAACUUGUUGGAUUGAAUUGGUUACGAAUCUUGCACGAUGAGGAAGUGAACGGAAUUCUGGCUGAUGAAAUGGGUCUGGGCAAGACUGUGCAGGCCAUAGCGCUAUUGGCAUACCUUUACGAGCAGGGUGAACGUGGACCUCAUCUCAUUAUGUGUCCCAGCUCCACUGUGGACAAUUGGCAGCGCGAACUCCACAAUUGGUGCUCGCAAUUGAAAAUCCUCGUCUACCAGGGAGCGGCCGAUGUGCGCAAGGCUAUGCGAUUAAAAAUUUAUGAAAGCCAACAGAAUGAUUCCCGACCGGAUUUCAAUAUUCUUCUCACGAGUUACACGACAGCUACGAGUACCCUAGAGGAUCGGGCAUUGAUGAAGCGCGUGGACUUUAAGUACGGCAUCUUUGAUGAAGCUCACAUGCUGAAGAACAUGACUACUCAGCGUUACAAGACCUUGUCAAGUUUCCAAAUUCAACGCCGCGUUCUCCUAACUGGCACACCUCUUCAAAAUAAUCUCAUUGAACUCAUCUCUCUCCUGGCCUUUGUAAUGCCAGAUCUCUUUGCCGGUGGAAAUGCCGAUCACCUAAAACGCAUGUUCCAACUGAUGAGUAAGUCCACCACCGUGUCAUCCGGCGACCAGGUUGGUGAGAAGAAAGAAGAAGAUAGUAAGGAAAAUGAGGUGGAGGAGAGUAAAUCCUCAGUCUUAUUCUCAAGCCGGAGUCAGUUUGAACGGGAGAGAGUAGAACAGGCGAAACGACUACUUCAGCCAUUCUGCCUCCGUCGACUAAAAUCUCAAGUGCUACAGCAGUUGCCACCAAAAACUGAGGAAACAAUCCGAGUUCCCUUCACCGAUAGCCAGAGAGCAGCUUAUACCAAUUUGAUUAAUGAAUUUCGUAAUGCCCAAGGUGCUACUGCCGCCGACAUGGCCAACGACGUGGGUGAAGAUGAAGACAUGGCUUCGGUGAAAAUACAAUCCAACCUUUUGCUCAACAAGGGAACCGUCACGAAUGGAGCCAAGCGCCAAAAAAUUUCAAUUCUAGAUGCUGCAACUGGUGGGUUGGAUCGUUCCGGCGGAGUGGAGCGUCUUUCGCCUUUCAACAUGUUAAUGCAGUUGCGCAAGGCAGCCAACCACGAGCUUCUUCUCCCUGGCAUCGCUUAUUCUGAUGACACCUUGAAGGAACUUUCCGUCAUUCUCCACAACGAUCCAAGUCACUCUGACGCUGAUCCCGUCUUAGUGCUAGAAGACCUCUGCAACCUGUCCGAUCAUCAAAUCCACAAAGUUUGUCGUCUCUAUGAUGUUCUCAACCCAUUCGCCUUACCACCGGAGGCCCUUGUGAAUGGUUCAGGCAAGGUCAAGUGGCUUGACGAAAACCUCCCAGGUUUACUUAAAGAUGGUCAUCGCAUUCUUAUCUUCAGCCAAUUCGUAAUUGUUCUUGACAUCCUUGGCGAGUAUCUUAUCAAUAAGGGCCAUAAAUUUUUGAGAAUGGAUGGUUCAACACCAGUAAACGAUCGUCAGACUCUCAUCGACACGUUUAACAAUGACGAAACCUACGAUAUUUUUCUGCUCUCCACAAAGGCCGGGGGUCUGGGUAUAAGCCUGACAGGUGCCGACGUGGUGAUCCUUCACGAUGUGGACUUUAAUCCGUACAACGAUCGCCAAGCUGCUGAUAGGUGUCAUCGUGUCGGUCAAAUGAAGCCAGUUCGGGUGAUCCGCCUAAUUGCUGAGAAUAGCGUCGAGGAGAGCAUUUGGCAGAAUGCAGAGGACAAGCUUCGUUUGGAAGAAGACGUCAUAGACUUUGACACAGCCACUGCUCCUGUCAGGGUGGCAUCUACCGGAGAUAAACGCAACGGCAAAGAAAGUCUUGAUUGUGAGGAAGGAGCGAAUGGCGAUGUCGAUGCCGAUGACCAACAACUACUCCAACAGCGACGUUCGACCACCUCGGGAAAGCGUCUUUUACAAGGCGAGAUCUUCAAGUUCCUCUCGGAUGCCCUGAGUUACUGCGGAGGUAGCAGCAGUAUAAAAUCCCCCCGAAAUAACCCCUGA